AUGGAUCGAAGUUGGAUUUCAACAAAAAUUCCGAGUGACCCAGAAUAUCAAGCAGGUGUAAGGGAAUUCAUUAAGUUUGCUGUUAAGAAUGGUGGAGGCCGCUCCAAGCUACGUUGUCCUUGUAUCAUGUGCCAUAAUUUCUUGCAUAAGAGACCCGGAGAAAUUCUUAAUCAUUUAUCUAAAUGGGAAUUUGAUAAAACAUAUACAUGUUGGAUUUGGCACGGCGAAUGCAGGGACGAAACAACGGUCGGUAACUCUGAGGCUAAUGUUUGUGAAGGUCAUAAUACGAAUGAGGGAGAUAGGUUAGAGGAAAUGCUUCAUCAAGUUGAGGAAGCUUUUGAUGAAGACCCUUUCACAUUUGAGAGCUUGCUAAAUGACUCCGAAAAGCCUCUCUAUGAAGGCUGCACUAAGUAUACAAGGUUGUCUGCAAUAAUAAGGUUGUAUAACGUGAAGGCGAGCCAGGGUUUGACUGAUAUAGACUUUAAUUUGAUACUGGAAGUGUUCAAAGAUAUGCUUCCAGAUGAUAAUGUCCUUCCAAGUCGUACAUAUGAGGCAAAAAAGACAUUAAGCCUUAUGGGUUUACCUUAUGAGAAAAUUCAUGCUUGCCCUAACGAUUGCAUGUUGUAUAGAAAUCAAAAUGAGUCAUUAGAGAGUUGCUCAGUUUGUAAUGCCUCGAGGUACAAGAAAGAGGAAGGACGAGUCCCUGCUAAGGUAUUAUGGUAUUUUCCAAUAAUACCGAGGUUUAAAAGGCUAUUUUCUAAUGCGAGAGAUGCCGAGAAGUUGACAUGGCAUUUUGAUAGUCGAGAAGAUGAUGGAUUUCUUAGGCACCCCGCUGACUCACCACAAUGGAGGUUUAUUGAUGGGAAAUUCCCCGAGUUUGCCAAAGAAAAGCGUAAUCUACGCCUUGCUUUGUCUACUGAUGGGUUCAAUCCAUUUGGCUCCUUGAGUAGCACUUAUAGUACUUGGCCUGUUGUUUUGAUUACCUACAACUUAUCUCCCACACUUUGCAUGAAAAGAAGGUAUAUGAUGUUAUCAUUGCUAAUUUCUGGUCCAAGACAGCCUGGUAAUGACAUCGACGUGUAUUUGGCUCCUCUGAUCGACGAUUUGAAGAUGCUUUGGGAAACAGGUGUAGAAGUGUUUGAUGCAUAUCGAAAUGAGAAAUUUAAUUUGAAAGCAAUGUUGUUCUGCACUAUUCAAGAUUUUCCGGCAUAUGGUAAUUUGUCUGGGUAUACAGUGAAAGGGAAGGCAGCAUGCCCCUUAUGUAUGGAGCAAUUUCCGGGACAUUGGUUGAACGGAUCAGGGAAGCAUGUGUUUGAUAGUCAUCGUGUAUUUCUGCCAUGUGAUCAUCACUAUCGUUACAUGAAAAAGGCCUUCAAUGGGAAACAAGAAUUUGGAGAGCGUCCAAAGAUCAUGUCUGGUGUAGAGGUGUUUGAGAAGAUAAAAGAUAUCCAGAUCACAUUUGGGAAGAAACAUCAAAAUUUUCUUUCUAAGCAAGGGUUUAAGAAGUGUUCAAAAUUGUGGAGCUUGCCAUAUUGGAGAUUUCUUUUCGUGAGACAUUCUCUUGAUGUGAUGCAUAUUGAGAAGAAUGUGUGUGAUAGUCUAAUUGGUACAUUAUUGAACAUCCCUGGGAAGACUAAAGAUGGCCCGAAAUCUAGAGCUGACUUAGAGACACUUGGGAUCAGACAGGAACUCCAUGUUGUUGAGAAGGAGAGUGGUCGAAAAUACUUGCCUCCUGCUGCGUAUACACUGUCUAGGAAAGAGAAAAUCGAGUUAUGUGAGAGCUUGGCAGGAGUUAAAGUGCCACAGGGGUAUUCUUCUAACAUUCGUAGCCUUGUAAACAUGGAUACCUUGAAGCUUGUGGGCCUUAAGUCUCAUGAUUGUCAUGUCCUAAUGCAACAAUUAUUACCCGUGGCUAUUCGUUCAAUUUUGCCUAAAAAUGUUCGACAUGCCAUUAUCAGACUUUGUUUGUUUUUUAAUGCAAUUUAUAGUAAAGUCAUUGAUCCUAAAGAUUUGAAAGCUUUGGAGGAAGAUAUUAUUAUAAUUUUAUGCCAAUUAGAGAUGUACUUUCCUCCAUCGUUUUUCGAUAUCAUGGUUCAUUUGACGGUUCACCUAGUAAGAGAGAUAAGAUAUUGUGGUCCUGUAUAUUUGAGAGUUCAAUGGGCUUUUGAAAGGCAAAUGAGAACGUACCAGGGAUAUGUUACAAAUGCUUAUCGGCCUGAGGGUUGUAUUGCCGAAAAACUUUUCUACGAAGAAGUAGUCGCAUAUGUUAGUGAAUUUAUGGUAAAUGCAAUGAAGAUAGGACUUCCUGUAUCUCGGCAUAGUGGAAGAAUGGAUGGUCAUGGGACCCUAGGUCGUAAACAACUUGAUAUGUCUUAUGAAAACUGGCACAAGGCACAUUCAUAUAUUCUGCAUAAUGAGGAUGAAGUUGCACCAUAUGUCGAAAGACACAUGAGACACUUGAGGAAGUACAAUCCAAGGGCGAAUCCGAAAUCCUUAGCUGAAAAACAAAGCAAGUCAUUCAUUGUUUGGUUCAAAGAUGACGGAUUUGUCUCCCUCUUUUAUGGGUAUAUGCAAUCUUAUCCUUUUAUCAUUGAUGUCAUUUCCCCUUUCUGUUCGGGGAGAGCUUAUCGGUGCGUGCAGGUUUAUAUCUUAGAGGAAAUAGAAGAUGGCCCAAACUUGUAUGUUCACCAUGAUAUCAUCAUCUCAGCAUUCCCUUUAUACACUACAUGGCUUGACUUUCCACUAAAGGGUGGAAAAAGAGGUUUGAUACUAAAACCUUUGAGAUAUACAGUUCUGGGACUUAAUAACUUGUCUGGAAUUUUCCUUUUUGGUUACUGUUUGUUGGUUGUUGUAGAUAGAUGUGAACUUGGUGUGGCCUUUUUCUCCCUUCCUUCCAUUUCCUUCAGAACCUUCUUUUUUCCUAAAGCUUCAUUUUCUGAAUUUUACAGAUUGACAGUACUAUGUUAUGUCUGA